UGUACUCGUACUUUGUUUACACACAAAGUUUGGUGUAAUGUCCGCGUGUGAGCUAUAUAAUAACUCUUCGAAAAAUCUCAAGUGGAAUCUCAAGCGAUCUUUUGAACUCUAGUUAUCGUUGUAAAAACUGACCUUCAGCUUGAUCAAAACUUAUCGAAAAGAUCUUCCAACUGCGCUUCAAAAAAAUCAACGCUAGCUUACUCAGAAGACGUGAUUUUAAAUUUCCGGUAUGAAUAUUUUGCUCGUGACUGCUUUAAUCGCUUUGUGUUUACUGAACGUGUCAGCUGAGAACUGCGAAAGAAAUGGAGCUAGAUGUCUGGAUUACACAGUACUGCAGACUCAUGAGGGUUAUGAAGAAAGAUCUUAUCCAUCGAUAGUUUGGGUUAGUGCCAGCAAAAAUGGGAAAAGCAAGGCCGAUGUUUCCAGGCCACUUAUAAAGCUGCUGUAUGCUUAUCUUGGAGGUGCAAAUGAUAGAGGAGAGAAUCUGGAAAUGAUGGUGCCUGUGAGAACUGCAAAAAAGGUGAAUGAUGGGUACAACACGUACACCAUGUCAAUAGCUUUACUGCCAGAGCAAAGUGAAAAUCCACCUGUUCCAACUAAUCCUCUUGUCACGGUUGUGAGAGAGCCUGAAACGACUUAUGUUGCUAGAUCAUUUGGUGGACAGGCUCGCUCAGACAGCAUAUGGGACAAUGAAGCCGACGCCUUGAAAGCUUCAGCUUCAAUAAAUGGAGCACUCAACACUACCUUCUAUUAUAUUAAUGUGUACGACAGUCCAUGGCGUGAAACAGAACGCCUUAAUGAAGUCUGGUUUAAGAAGAAUGAUUUCUAAACUGAAUUCUCUAUAUUUUUGUUAAGAAAAUAUCGGAGGAAAAAUUGAAAAAAAAAAUUAAGUUUUGAAAUUUCUCCCUUAGCUUCGUCGUUUAUUUUAUCCUAAACUAUUUCUAUUCUAACCUAACUAGUAAGCCCCCUAUUCUCUAACGAAUCGACAGAUGCUUUAAAUCAAAAUGGCCAACUAACGUACCUGUGUCCUGUCCAACGUUCAGCCUUUGAUUUAAUGACCAGGGUCUGGGAUAUGUCUCGAAUAAUCUUUUUGAUGUGUUAAUAUUAAUGUAAACUCUCAAAAAUGCACGGAAAGAACUAAACGUUUUUUACUGUUCAGUGAUCUUUUUAGAUUGUUUUUGAUUAUUCUCAUUUGGAGACACUACUUGUAAACAUAAACAUUGAUCAACUGAGUGUUCCCACAAUCACCUGUUUUUGAUUACUCUCAUUUCCGGAGACAUUAUUAGUAAACAUAAACAUUGAUCAACUGAGUGCUCCCACAUCACCACACACAUUUUUUUUUCUCUUUGCCUUACUGAAUAAUAUUGAUCAAAAUGCUGAUAUCAAUGCUAACUCUGGAAAUAAUAGCUAAACAAUAGAUAAUAAUUUAAGUAACCACUAAAUAAAGUAGGCAAUUCAUGCCUUAAAGCUCAUCCAUCUCCUAAUGUCUUAAAAAUAACUUCAAAACAGUUCAGAAUAAAAAUUAAAAAAUUAGAUCUUAUUCAAAAGGCUUAUAACAACCUAUGGAGUGUAUUGCUGGAAUCUUAAAAUUGCCAAUUUUAUAUAUAUAUAGAUAGAUAACAUCUUACCUGUUUUCCAAGAUUAAAGUCUUAAAACUUUGGAUUCCAUUUUAAAUUGCUUUACAAAUCAUUGCCAUCCUCAGCUUCAAAACAAAGAAUAAUGAAAUUAAACAUUUUGAUAUCUUUCAAUGUUUUCAAAUAGUGAAUUCUUAUUUAUGUAUGUUAAAAGUUCGUAUAAACUUUAUGAAUAAACAAGUAGUAACAUUUUUUACAGGGGAAGGUGAUUUGAUUUGCAUCCCAAAUAUAAAUUGUGCAGUGAAUAUAAAAAAGUAUGGCAACACUUUAUGCACUGUAAGCGUAAACUUUGCUCAACUGAAUGCAUCCUAUUCAGACUCAGUUUGUUUUCUCUUCGCUUUUUCUAACAUAAAGUAUUAUUUUGUUUCCAGUUAAAACAUUACAAGUUAUUCCAAACUCAAAUAACCUUUUUGAAAACUUUUUCUUCCGUUGGAAAUGUAAAGUAAUUUUCUCGGUUGUAUGAAAUGUACGAAAAAGAAUUUUAAAUGUACAUAUAUCAUAAAUCUUUUGUUAUUUUUUCAAUAUGCAUACUUCUGUGGAAAAAGUGAAUGCAUGUAAUUAUAUCAUUACUUUGUAUACUAUUUAGAAGAUUUGUUACAUUGCCAAAUUUUUAAGAAUCCUGAAGAUGAACAAAUUUGUUAAAAGCUAAUAACAAUCUGUCUUCCUCAUGCGAAACGAUAAUCUAUAAACUAAACUACAAUCUAAGUCGAUUUUUGCAUGAGUUUAAACGUAGGGAUAUGAAUUGUUUUGAGUACUUUAUAUAGAAAUUACAUUUAUAAGAAUUUGACUUCUGAAUUAAAUUUACUUUGAAAGAAA